UUUCAUUCCUUGGCCCCAUUGUACUACCGAGUUUCAGCAGCAGCCGUGAUCGUUUAUGAUAUCACCAAGCAGGAUUCAUUUCAUACUUUGAAGAAAUGGGUGAAAGAGCUAAAAGAACAUGGUCCUGAGAACAUUGUAAUGGCCAUCGCUGGGAACAAAUGUGAUCUUUCUGAUAUCAGGGAGGUUCCUAUGAAGGAUGCCAAAGAAUAUGCAGAGUCUAUAGGUGCAAUUGUUGUUGAAACCAGUGCAAAGAAUGCUGUUAACAUUGAAGAACUUUUCCAAGGAAUCA